GAGAGAGAGAGAGAGAGAGAGAGAGAGAGAGAGAGAGAGAGAAGGACAGUGAGUGAUAGAAAUCGAGGAAGCUGGUAGUCGAGUGCUCAGUGUCUCAGUGACCUCUCAGAGAGAGCAGAGCUGCAGCCGAGAGACCUGCCGGAGGAGGAACCGACGACGACGACGUCCAUCUGACGGUCAACGGGGAAAUGCACACCGAGACGCGUGGACCAGCAAGACCGACGCAGUGACCAGAGCCGGAACCCAGAGCUGACCGGAACCUCACCGGACUCACCUCUCGCUGUUUUGUUCAUUUGUUGAUUUAUUUGUUUUAUUUGUUUAUUGAGACAGUAUUCUUUUGUUUUUUAAGCAGUUCUUUUUUUGCUUUUUUUAUUUUUUAUUUUUUAAGUUUUGUUAGUAUAUUUAUUGCGUUUUUUUGUUGUUGUUUGUUUUGUUGCUCUUGGUUGUUUUCUUGUUUGUUUUCUGGAAAAUGACUCCGGAUUUCUGGUCGUGACGAGAAGCGCUGGACAUCUGCCAGUCUACCUGAGAGACCCACACGCCUCCGAGUCAACUCGAAACCUAAAGCGUCACUUCAGACGCCGACCGACUCUUUCGAGGGCACUCGAGAACUCUCGUUUUAGUUUUAUUCGUCGUCAUUUUCAUUUUGUUUGCCCACGUCCUCCUCCUCCGACCCGACCUCUCUAAACCCGCCGGCGGGUGACCUGUGACCCCCCCACGACUCUCGACCUUUUGACUCUCGACCUUUGACUCUCGACGACUUCACCGCGCCGCACCUACCAGGCGCGACAGUGUACCAGGCGCUCAGAGAGGCGAUGGCGGACCACGGCGGCGGCGGCGGUGGCAUGAUGGGGGCGUACCCGCAGGUGUUUGUGGUGGACACCCAGGCUCCGUGCGGGCCCGUGCCCGUGCCCAUGCCCGUGCCCGUGUACCCGCGGCGGGGAGGCUGGCGCCAGAGGGUCCUGGGGGCGCUGGUGGGGCUGGCGCUGCUGGGGGUGCUCAUCGAGGCCUGCUGCAUCUACAACCUGCACAGGGACCACGGAGAGACCGGCUCGACAGCAAAGAUAACCUCCAAUGAGAUUCCAGAGACGCCACAGAGAAAGCCAGCUGCUCUACUGAAAGGCUUCCAGGGUUCAGAGAAGAAACCACAAACAACAGAGAAGAACAACGUUCUAUUGUGGACAGGGGAUGGUGAUGGCUUCCUCCAUGAGAUUAUCUACAAGGACGGACUGCUGACCGUGAGGCAAGAGGGCUACUACUUCCUGUACUCCAAGGUCGCCCUCUCUGAGUCCCACUGUGAGCUAGCCAAGCACACAGUCAUGAAGAACUCACAGAGAUAUGGCAAUGGGAAAAGGGCCAUUGAACUGAUGCAGUCAGUGAGGUAUCACUGUCCAAAGACCCAGAAGGGGGAAAAACAGGACCCACCGGCUAACCCAGAUGUGGCCAACAGCUACCUGGGCGGGGCCUUCCACCUCUUCGCAAACGACUCUGUCUACGUGAGGUUUGAUGGGCAGAUGAGACCUGGACUAAAGGAGAACUUCUUCGGGGCCUUCAUGCUGUAGAACUCAGCUGGGGUCAGUUACCUGGUUACCCAGAUGUUUACGUAGUUAUCACCUUGGUAACUCUGAAACAGUGCUGGAAGCGUUCUGUCGGCCUUGAUUGGCUGUUUGGAUUUAACAAACAGGGAUUUAAAGAGACCUUAUGCAACUUUUUCAUAGUCAUAAAAUCGCUUAGAAAUUGUUGUUUUGCUUGACUGACCAGUUUUAUCGAAAACAGUAAUAUUUCCUCCCGCCCCCAGUGUCCCUAUCCGCUAUUGCAACCUUGCAGUUUGUUCAGGAGGCGAUCGCUCCUUGUUUACAUCUGGAAGGCUGAGACGCGUAAGGAACAAGAAGAAACACGCUUGCAAUUUAUAUAUUUAUAUAUAGCCUAUAUAUGUAUAAAUAUACACGCUAAAGCUGUCGGGGAAGCUCUGCAGAGAAAUAUGCAAGCAUAAAACGAGCGAAAACAAAAAACAAAACCGAAACCAUUGAUCAAAUCGCCAAUCCUGCAUAGUUUCUCUUUAACAAAUAAAGCUAGACAAACUCGAUUUUGCGAUUUUAGGCCAAAUUCAGUUGGAUCCGACUGACUCUGGAAUUGGUGCCAAAUUCCCAUCUGAUUGUUUUGUGUAGUUUGAGCUGACUUAGAAGACAAUACAUUCAACAUUCCCGGUCAACUCAUGUGCACGUGGGCCCGAAUACAGUAACCAGUUGCUCCACACUCCCUUUUCCGAUUACUAGAUGUGUGGCCCGAAUACGGUAACCCGUUACUCCACACCCCUAUUCCGAUUAUUAGAUUUAUGGCAUGUCAGACACUUUUUUCUUCUGUCUUGUGUCAGCUGUUUGAAUGCAUAGUGGGAACGCAGCAAUCACGACCAAUUGAAACGUGUAGUUUGAGUAAAGGGCGUUCUGCGUCUGCACAGUUUAACAAUAAUGAUAAUAAUGAUGAUAAUAAUAAUAAUCGAGGUAUUUGAGAGACUUUGAAAGAAAGAAGUGACUCACAAGGAGUUUGACAUCAGCUGUGGUUUACGCUGGGGAACCGAAACCUCCAUGACACACGACAAGUUUUAUUUAUUUAUUUAACAUUUUCACUCUCAGGGAUUUCAUCAGAGCCGAUUGUGUCAGGCAAAAUUUCACAAUUUCUUUUUCAGUCUGUGUGUGAAUAACACCUUGACAAAGUCAGGAUAUUCUGGCACCCUGACCAACUUUAUUUUAAGUGUUCUUUAUGACAGUGUCCUUAAAUAGACUAUGAUAAAUAACUAUAUGUACUUGUCAAUUGUAUGUGUUUUUGCCCCAAUACCACAAACCUAUGCGUAUUUAUGAGUACAGUAUAUAUGGUUAUGGUUGUGGUUAUGGUAUUUAGCGAACGCUUUUGUCCACAGUGACAAAUACAUAAUGUAUAUGUUGGGCUUGUCAACCAGAUAGCCCUAUAUGUCGGACUAAUACAUCUCUGGCCACUUGCUAACGUCUUCUACCCAUUCUGUUAUGAGCUCAAGAUCAGAUAGACAUUCGCCAUUAGCUAAGACCAAAUUAUUGAGGUACGGUUUGAGGCCCUUGGGUAACAAUGGCAGUGCAUAUCUUGACAGCUCAACAUGCCAGUCUAUGAGCUCCGCCAUUUUUCUGACCCCGUGUUGUGAGGGCACCCAACCUAUAGGCUCUGGAUGAUUACAAACACUGAAGGGGUCUUAAAAAAGAACGUUUAGGAUAAUGUUUGGAUCCUGCUUCAUGAGCCCAACCUUUUAACUCAAAUGUCACUGUCACUGUAUACUGCAGACACACUGUCAUACAGAUCUAUUAAAAUCAGCGUUGAAGGAUUUCGCCAUAUAUUGGUCAUUAUUAAAGAUGUUAGAGAACGACACUCUGAUAGCUUUGGUAAUUAUUAUGACCACAUAAUGCCGAGUCAACUUACAGUAACAUGUCAGCAGCUGAGUCAGCGGCCUUAAUGCUGAGUCAUCUCACGGUACUAACAUGAUAAGGCCUUAGGACACCAAGUCCAUAUUUUUGGUGCGGAAUUGCCAGAGGAUUGAAAAAAGAUAACUAUAAACCUUGUGAUGUGUCAAUCACGUUUGCACAGAACUUUCGCCCAUCAAAUGGUUUGAUUUCAAUUUAAUUUAAUUUAAUUUAAUUUCAUUUAAUUUCAUUUCAUCCAAAAUAAUAGAUUCUCCUCUAUAAAGGCAUUUGUUAUAAAAUGUGUCACUAAUACAACUAAUGGUAACAUGACACGCUUUGGAAAUCAACUGGCAUCAUUUGCAUACCAUUUGUCUUUCUGACGCAUCUUCUGUGGUAGCAUCACUGCCAAAUCUGAGUUGACGAGUAUUUGAGUCACGAGUUACAGAUACAUUAACGAUACAGAAAUACAGUGUUGAUAUUCGGUCAUGUUGAUAUUCAAACAUGAUAUGUGACAGUAUGACGUAUAAGUGUUUGCGCAUGCGUAACUCAAAUCUACGAACUCACAUUUGUCAGUGACACUACCAAGAUAGUUGCUAUCAUCGUUAGCGACUACGCUUUUGGGAAGCAGGCCCCAGUCCUUCUGUUUAGGACGCGCUUUAUGAUGAUACCUAAUGCCGAGAUUAAAUGUGUGCGUUGGUCCAAGAUGAAGUUCUCAUAAACACGCUUAGGUUGCCUAAUAUUGACUAGUUCUGUGUGUGCUUCGCUGCUAAAUACUGUAUAUACCAUGCAUUGUCGUAUGUGGAUAUCAAUCAUCACCAUGUUGGACUGUGGGUUUCUGAAUUUCUACGGUUGGCUCUAACAAAGAUCAUCAUGCAAAAGAGACUCUGUGUAAGUGCAUACCAAUGCAUAUUACAAAUCGUUGCCCUACCCGCAAUGGUACACAUUUCGUGCAUUGUGCAUUUUUUUUUUUUUUUGAUUAAUGGUUGUUUAUUAAAUGAGACAAAUGACAAAUGAGAUGUUAAGUAAAUGUGAUGGAAAGCUGCAUUAGGUAGCGCCUAUACUAUUAUCGGAGACUCCUAGCGUCCACGUGGGCAGGGAAACCGGGACGUUAUAGCUAUUGGGACUUAAAUCAGACAGUGGGAACCGGACGUUAUCAAUCAGACAGAAGUUCUAUAGAAAGAAUUGCCUGCUCUGCUGUGGGGUAAAGUUCUAAAGAGAGAAUUGCCUGCUCUGCUGUGGGGUAUCUUUCUCUCUCCACCCAAUGUGCGUUCGGCCGCUCCAAAAGAGACUCAACCAAUGGAAAGCUGCUUAAGGGGAAGAAUGAUGUUUGACCUUUGGCUUUUGACCCUUUGGUCUUGGGCAUGUUGAAAAAUGUAAGGUGUAUGAAUUGAGUCUGAGGUUGUUGUAUUUUAUUCAUAUAUAACUUAUGUCAUUAUGUGUUUUUAAUGAAUAUAUAUAUAUAUUCUAUGUAAUACUCCUGACAAUUUCUCAUGUGCCUUUUUUUUGUAGGCUACAUGUUUUUUCUUUAUGCAAAUGAAUGAACCAUGAUAUAUGUAUAUAUACAUUAGAUAUUCAAUGUUACCUGACAUUCAGGGUUAAUGUUUAUGUAUUAAGUACUGAAAUAAUAAACAAGCAGAGAAGA